GCACACGCAGAUCCACAAACAUCUCAAUAUAAGUGGGAAUCUCUGGAAUCCUUGUUCCACGGAUGUGCCAUUCCUUCAGAUAGGUCAUAUACUGAAGAUCUUCAGGUAAUUUCUGGAAAAUCACAAUAAAAUCACUGAGCUGGAGAAACAUCAUUAGACGUGUGGACGACAUGCUGAAAUAAAGACGCGCACUUAAUGUGUGAGGUCUGCCACUAUUUAAAGAUCUUAUGCUCAGAAUCAGGAAAUGAGUUCUGCUCUGAUUCAUGAUAAAUUAUUUAUCAAGACGUUCUGGGAGCAGAAGAUCGACCAUCACACCAGCAUGACAGAAGCUGAGGAGCAGAGGAGGAAGAGCAGCGCUCUCACAAAGCUUCGUGACGAGUGGCUGAAGAGACUGGAAAACCGGACAAAACAUCUGAAGAAUUUUGGUGACAACCGCAGCCCAAGCGCAUCAACCACGUGAUGAACACGUGACACACAGAUGAUCUGAAGUCAAUAAAAAACACACAUGAUA